GUCUCAUCUCAUGAUUGAGGAUCCAUGGUAAAAUUACAGAGCGAACAGAAGAGACCGUCUCACAAACAGCACACAACCUGACCAUAUCAGCAGGCAGUGAGAGGUGUGAUCAUGAGGCUGAUGUGGAAGUCCAUGGACAAGAUGAGGUGUUUCAGGAAACGAUCCAUGCUCCCAUUCCUCGGCUUCCUCAUCACCUUCCUGCUCUUUUUCAACCUGUACAUGGACGAUGGAUAUGUGCUGGAGGCUGAAAAGAGACAGCUGGGAGAGACACUGAUGCAUCCUGCAAACUCUGAGAGAUACGUCCACACAUUCAGAGACUUGUCCAAUUUCUCUGGGACCAUUAAUGUGACAUAUCGCUAUCUCGCAGGGAUUCCUUUGCCACGCAAAAAGUAUCUUACCAUCGGUUUGUCAUCUGUCAAGAGGAAAAAGGGGAACUACCUUCUGGAAACAAUCAAAUCCAUCUUCGAUCAGUCCAGUUACGAGGAACUGAAAGAGAUUGUGGUUGUGGUCCACCUGGCAGACUUUGACCUGGUCUGGUGUGAGAACCUGGUGCAGGAAAUCACCAGGAAGUUUGCUCACCACAUCAUAGCCGGACGCCUCCUGGUGAUCCACACUCCAGAGGAGUAUUACCCGUCUCUAGAUGGGUUGAAAAGGAACUACAACGACCCGGAGGACCGGGUCCGUUUCCGCUCUAAGCAGAAUGUGGACUACGCUUUCCUCCUCAACUUCUGCACGAACCUCUCUCACUUCUACAUGAUGUUAGAGGACGAUGUUCGCUGCUCCAGGAACUUCCUGACAGCCCUGAAGAAGGUGAUCACCUCCAGAGAAGGCUCCUACUGGGUGAUGCUGGAGUUCUCCAAGCUGGGCUACAUCGGGAAGCUGUACCACUCCAGAGAUCUGCCACGUCUGGCUCAUUUCCUCCUCAUGUUCUACCAGGAAAUGCCCUGCGACUGGCUCCUCAUCCACUUCAGGGGUCUGCUGGCCCAGAAGGACGUGAUCCGCUUCAAACCCUCGCUUUUCCAGCACAUGGGCUACUACUCCUCUUACAAAGGAGCAGAGAACAAACUGAAGGACGACGACUUUGAAGAAGACUCCAUAGACAUUCCUGACAACCCUCCUGCCAACCUUUACACAAACAUCAACGUCUUUGAAAACUACGACGCCACGAAGGCUUACAGUAGCAUUGUUGAUGAGUAUUUCUGGGGGAAGCCUCCCUGCACUGGAGAUUUCUUCGUCAUAAUCUUUAAUAAAUCAGUUAAAAUCAGCAGAAUUAAAAUCGUCACGGGCACAGACGAUCGGCAGAAUGACGUCCUUCAUCACGGAGCGCUGGAGGUUGGACAGAAGUCUGUGGAAACUAAACAGGGAAGGCAGUGUACGUCCUACAUCACCUUAGGGGAGUUUAAAGGCGGAAACAUCGAAGUCGACAAUGUCGACCACAAGAUCGGCUUCGACAUCGAGUGCGUACGAAUAGUCGUCACUGCCAGUCAGAAAGAGUGGCUCAUCAUAAGAACAGUCAGUUUAUGGACCACACAGCCAGUUCCAGACCUCUUGAAUCACCACCUACAUCCAGGUGUGCACCCAGACUCAUUUAACAGAUCGCUGCCUUUCACACAGUGUUUCCAAGAGGUUGGAUUUGGACCAAAUAUAUUAACAUUUCUAUGUGGUGAGUGAGGAUUUGUGAGGAGCUGAGGUAGAGCUGUCAGAGCAAGCCUCAACCUGAUGCCGAUAUUGAAGCAGAGGUUCCAUCAGGUAAAAGAAAAAUCAAGUUUAAUGACUUUUUCCACAGCAUUUCUCCUACAAAUCAAUCAAAGCAAUGACUAUAAAUACUUCUUUCCUUGCACAACUUUUAUUAUUUAUUCCAAACAGCUUGAUUUAAGUUAUGACAAAUCAAAACAGCUUAAGAGUUUCGUAUUUUAAAUAUACAGUAUUAUAAUCUGUGGACUUCAGCUAAAUUUUGUUUGGUAUUCUUUGCUGCCAUCUGCUGGAAAAUUUACAACUUGACACACAGGGAACCUCAUUUUCUACCAAUUAAAGAGCUGAACAGUAACUUGACUAAAUGCAAUAAAAAUGUCCUGAUUAUUGGAUUAAAAGUGUAACAGGACAUUAUAUAAAUUGUUCUAAAUUGGUGGAAAAUGCUUAUGGAUCACUUCAUUACAAUACCUGCAAAUUAUUACUUCAUAUAAAUGUUGCAAAGCACUUAUAACUGGUGAAUGUAAUAGCACAAUAACAGUUUAAUAUGGAGAGACAUAUAGUUACAUUUUACUGGUUUAGAUUGCUCAAAUUAAAUUUAAUCUACCUUAACUUAUUAUUUCACAUGAAAUAUUAUUUUAUUUUAUUUUUUGUCCACUGACAGAUAUAUAUUGUCACAUUUUGAAGGUUAUUAUUACAUUUAAUGUCAGCAGUUAGAUGCUUAGUAAAUGAUACUGUAUUUGUUUAGCUUUAUUUAACUUAAAUUAACAAAAAAAACAAUAAAUUUAAUGAGAAAAAGAAGAGAAAGAGUCCAGAGGCAGAACAACAGAGGAGAGGUAUCUCCUCCAGCACAGAAAUAACAACAGUAAAAUUACAAUAUGGAGAAACUGAAUGACAAUAUUAGGUAAAUAUACAAAAUGUAAACCUAAUAUGGGGAUUAUGAAUCUGUGAAGAUCGUGUCUGACAGAGUUACAGGUGUCACCUGUGCUGCAGCCUCUACUCUGUAUGAGCCCCCUCCCUCAGGUGUUUGUGUUUGCCAGUAAAUAACAGAUGGCCUGGCUGCAGAUGGAGCCAAACCUGAAAUGAGAUUUGGGGUGAGAAAUAGACUUUUUCACCAGAGAACUAAGUUCACCCAACUCCUCUAACUCUGUUACAGUGACACCUCAUUCAGGUCGUAUCAGAAGUUAAUCCACUCUUUUUCUUUUUCUUGGAUGUUCUUGCACAUUUCACUUCAUACUCAUUUCACACUUUCUCCUCCUGUUACUCUCUGAUGUCGUCCUCCUGAAUAUAUCUUACAUUAUCCUCCUCAUACCUGUCCCCAGGUGGCCUGUUCUUCUCUCCUGUCUUCCAGUCAAAUGCAAUUUCCUUCACUUUCCUCAGCUCAUUGUGGUCUCUACUUCCACUUGUUUUUUACCGCCUACUGCCUCUCAGACACCCUGUGGUUACGUGUAAUCUGAACCAAUCUCACAUCGUCUUUCUCCUGCAAUUUAAAAAAAGAUUGUAAACUGAAUAUUCUCCUUUCAGAAAAUGUCUAAAUCAUAAAAAGAACAAAACUAUCUAGGUUCUACUUUCUUUAUUCAGAUGAAUCAUACAUUUAUAGGUUAAAUUUGAAGAAAAACAUUAUUGUUUUUUUAUUUUAAGCCAUAAAGUGUUAUUGUAUUAUAUUAUAAUCCAUUAGCUCAGAUAAAUUUGAAGCCAGAACCAAGAGGCAUGACCACAUCACUCUGGAAUUUAGCUUUUUUACACCGGAUCCAAGAUUUUAAGAGCUUAAGACUGAUUACUUCUAAUUUAUGGCAUUUCUCCCAUUUGUGUUUAACACCUUUUAUCCUGACGUUAUGUGAGUUUUUACCUCACAUUAUGUCUUUUUUUUCAGCUUUUCUUCCUCUGCUUCUUUUUCUUUCUCUCCUUAUCAUUAUUCAUGAUGUGACAGUUAAAUGUCUUGA